UUGUUCACCCUUAAAUGCAAAAGAUCAAUAAGCAAAUAUACAAUUCAGCAAAAGUUGCUUACUAGCAUUAAAAAUAUGUCCGCUGUGAUUAUAAUUUGAUAUAUCAUUAACGUGUUCUUGUUUCUAAUUUUAGAAAACCAAUGAUAUUUAAUUAACUUUCACCAAGUUGUCAAAAAGUUCAAACCUCAUGAAUAUUCCUUCCUGGUUACGUCAGUGAUUAGGGUGUAUAUAUAGGAGAGAUCUUGUUAUAGUUGUCACUAAUCGUCCAGGUUCGUUCACCGAAAGACACUCCAAGAUGAUCCCUGCUGUUGCCCUUCUUUGCCUCGUUGCUGGCACUAUCGCCAUACCAGUCAACACUGGCUACUAUUCUAAAUCCCAAGGAUACGGAGGACAUGGAAUUAAUGGCGGCAUCAUCGGAAUCAACGACAACGGAUUUGAAAGUAGCAUCUUAGGAUUUAACGGUGGAAACUCCGCCGCUGCUGCUGCUUCUGCCGCCAGUGGUUUGAAUUCCGCUGCUGCCGCCGCCGCCGCCGCUUCCGGGGCUUCAGGUUUCAACAAUGGUUUCGGAUUCAAUGGAGGAUUCGAUGGGGGAAACUCUGCUGCUGCUGCUGCUGCUUCUGCCGCCAGUGGUUUGAAUUCCGCUGCUGCCGCCGCCGCAGCCGCUUCCAGAGCUUCAGGUUUCAACAAUGGUUUCGGAUUCAAUGGAGGAUUCGAUGGGGGAAACUCUGCUGCUGCUGCUGCCGCCGCUGCCGCAAGUGGAAUGAAUUCUGCUGCCGCCGCCGCUGCUGCAUCCUCUGCACAGAGAAAUUCUUUUAUUGGAUAUCCAGGACAGAUUGGAUCUAACUACGGUCCAUUUGUUCAUCAAGGACCAUCUGUCCAAUAUUUCCCAUCUGUUCAACCAAUCAAUGGAUUUGGGGGUUCUGCUGCUGCUGCCGCUGCCGCCGCUGCUAGUCAAAAUGCUGCCGCUGCUGCUGCUGCCGCCGCUGGUAGAAACGCUGCCGCAGCCGCUGCCGCUGCAGCUGGACAAAAUGCUGCCGCUGCUGCUGCUGCCGCUGCUGGUAGAAACGCCGCCGCUGCUGCUGCCUCUGCAUCUGGUGCCAACUUUGGACCUCAGAUUGGACUUGUAGGUCCCCAGUUUGCCGGUCAGAUUGGAGGUCAAUUUGGUGGUCAAGUUGUUCAACCAGCCGUCUACUACCCCAACGUUGUUGGACAGAACUCUGGAGCUGCCGCCGCCGCUGCUGCAGCUGCUUCUAACAACGCCGCCGCCGCCGCUGCCUCUGCCUCUGGUGCCAAUGGAUUCAUUAAUGGUGGUCUCAUCGGAGGGGGAUCAUCUGGAAUAAUUGGAUCUCAGAUUGUACCAGGAAGAAAGGUUUAUUAAAUAUAGGAACAUUCUGGACUUGGCAGGGAUAUUUAUUCGCAAGCAACUGUGGUGAAAGAAUGUAUUUUGUUUUAAUUUAUUGUUGUUGUUGGAAUAAAUCAUUUAUACAAUUAAAUAAUUUUCUUAUUGUGAU